GGGUUAUUUGAUAAGAAUUUUGAGAAACACCCGAAAGUAUUUCAAUCCAAGUUAUUCGUUGGUGAACUUUCAACUUUCAUAAAACUUUAAAAAUAAGUUGUAUUUUUGGGCCACGAAGGGCUAUUCUUGAUCCAAUCUAAUUAUAGUUGUACAAAGAGUUGGCUGAGGUUUGUGAUAACUUUGAGAAAUAAUGAAAAAAAUUAUUUCCGAUCAGCGGUUUGAAUAGAUAAGAAUAUUUUUAUUAAAUUUGAAGCACAUUUCGUUCAAUUGCCGACAUGAACAUCAUCGAGAUACUCUUUCUACUUACAACGUUCAGUUUGGGAAACUGCGUGAUAGAUUUUGCCGGCUACUAUGGUCGUCCACUCCCUACCAACUACAGUGGAAGUCCGCUAUUUCUCACCUCUUUGCUGGAAAACGGUAAUAUCGAUGAGGCAAAACAACUAUCCGAAGUAAAACCUCUCGCCGGUCAAGUGAAAAGUUAUUCUGGAUUUCUCACCGUCAACAAAACCUACAACUCGAAUAUUUUCUUCUGGUUUUUCCCGGCUGAAAUGUCGCCGGAAAAUGCACCAGUUUUAGUCUGGCUUCAAGGUGGACCCGGAGCCUCAUCUAUGUUCGGGUUAUUCUCCGAACAUGGCCCUUUCAUAAUCACAGAUAAACUUAACGUUACUUUGCGUCAAUUUUCGUGGACUAAAUCGAUCUCCGUACUGUAUAUCGACAAUCCAGUCGGCACCGGGUAUAGUUUCACCGACUCCGAUGACGGAUAUGCCAAGAGUGAAGAUGAUUACGCAACUAAUUUGUACGAAACUAUUCGUCAGUUUUACCUCAUGUUCCCAGAGUUAUUAAAGAAUGAUUUUUACGUGGCCGGUGAAUCUUACGGAGGCAAAUAUGCUCCUGCUUUAGCCUACAGAGUACACGAGGAGAAUAAAAACGCCAGCGUUAAAAUCAAUCUGAAAGGUGUUUCAGUCGGCAAUGGAUUUUGUGACCCGGUUAAUAUGCUGAAUUACGGCGACUACUUGCUAGAAAUCGGAUUAAUCGAUCAAAACGGUAGAGACAUAUUUGUUGGCAAACGUGACGAAGCUGUUGAAUUAAUCAAACAAGGAAAAUGGGUCGAAGCGUUCAGAAGAUUCGAUUGCUUGUUAAAUAACGACUUGACUAAUUCAACCAGCGUAUUUACUAAUUUAACUGGUUAUACCAAUUAUUACAAUUAUUUGAAAGCUAAAGACGAAGGUUUUGAUUUCGUUAGCGAUUUCAUACAGCAAGAUUACGUUCGAGAUGCUAUUCACGUUGGAAAUUUAACUUUCCACGUAAUCGCUCAAGAGGUGGAAAAACAUAUGGAAGGAGAUGUCAUGAAAUCGGUCGCUCCUCAUUUUGAAGUCUUACUCGAAAAUUAUCGAAUGCUGGUGUACAAUGGUCAGCUGGAUAUCAUUGUCGCUUAUCCGUUAACGCUCGAAUUCUUGAAACAACUGAAAUGGAGUGGAUCUGACGAAUAUAAGACGGCUAAACGUGAUAUUUGGAAAAUUAAAGAUCAAGUUGCCGGGUACUCGAAGACAGUACGUAAUCUUAAUGAAGUUUUGGUGCGAAAUGCUGGCCAUAUGGUGCCUUCUGAUCAACCUCUCUUCGCCUUCGAUCUGAUCAACAGAUUCGUGUUCGGAAAAAGUUUCGCAUCCUAUUAACUAUACAAAUUUUUAUAUUAAUUUUUAACGAGUAGAAACUGUGAUCUAAAAUUACUAAUACUUUUAUGUAAAAAAUAAAAUAUAUUUUUAUUUUUAAAAAAAACAUCGAUAAAAAAUUGUACGUUUGUAAAUAACCUCCAGAGUAUUGUACAAAUAUGUUCACUGCGAAAUGUCAUGUCAUCUGUUUAAACAAGCAUUGUUUCCUGUUUCUAUCUAGUUCAACCAAGGUAGAAUGUAUUUUUUUAUCACAGUUGUGUUUCGAUACCAAAAAUGGUGUUUUACACCGUUCGCAGUAAACACGUGCAAAGCUCCUCGUUCGUCUAGUGUUCGUAAACCGAAUAAAUCUUCCUGGUAGA